ACCUAUUUUAUUACUUCCGGUAUAAAAGAGAAAGCGAAAGAAGGCCUAAUUUAAUACCCCCAACGUAAACAAUUAAAAUUAAAACGUUUGAACUGUGAACUGUGAUGUCUAAUGCCAUGAACUAUGGUUGACUUGAAAAUGCAAAGAAAGACUGAAACAGGAACUCAAGUAUACCGUAUUAUAACAAAUUCUUAUUAUGUUCUAUUGCACCUUCUAAGAACUUAAGUUAUAGUUAUAUGCUUAGUCUAAGUCUAGUACUAGUAGUUAGUAUUGGUAGCACUAUUCAAAGAACUUAACUUUUUAAGUCUUAGGCUAAAACUUUACUUACUCUCAGGCUUAGGACUUAGGCUAAACUUCAAUACUUAAACUACAUGAUUACUGCCAUUAAGAAAUAGAAGACACAUUAAGUAUGAUUAAGUUAUGACUUUUAAUAAAAAAUUACUUAAUAAUAAUAAAUAACUUGAGUCCAGUCAGCUCAAGAGUUAUACGACAAAUGACUUUAAAAGUAAAUGACAUACGAACAUAACACACUAAUCUCUUAGAUUUAAUAUUAAUAAUUAAUAUAAACAAUAUAAUAUAUUAAAAAAAUGUAGGAGGAAGAAUUAUUGAUGAAGUUAUCUAGCUCAUCUUAAGUUUCCUGUCAAAUCAGAUUAUUCAGAUACCCGUAACAUAAUUCCAGUAGUUUGUCUGGAACUAUGCUAAGAAGGACAACUUUUAAAGCAGUGUUUCAUUUUUAGAAUUUACAUUAUUUUUUAUAGUUUUUGCAGAAUUAUGAGUUUUAGUUAGUUGAAAUCUAAAAUGUUCAAUUUAUGAAACGAAGUGUCUACACGCCGGACGUGUAGUGCGCAAGAUAUACGUCCGGCGGCUUGUCACGUGACCGCCGGACAUGGCCGGACGGCUAGUAGUUUUUAUAAUUCCAAACGAAGUACUGUAUAGUACAUCUUGUCUGGUCUUGUGGUAGAGAGGUUGCUUGACGAUAGGAAGGUUUGAGGAUCUAUACCGGGGAUAGGGUCGUUUUUUUUCUUCCCAUUUUAAUUAAAAUAUUUUGUAUAUAUUUAUAUUAUCAUGUUCCUCAGCAACAGUAGUUUCAUGAGAAGUUUUUAAAUAUUUUGUAGCAAUUGAAAUAAUUUAAAAUGAAAUCUUUUACUUUAACUUUUAUUGGUUGCCUACGCCUACUCCACACUGGCCCCUAAUUUAUUUUAUGGAUUACUGGUACACAAACUCAAAUAACAAACUAAACAAAAAUGUUUACAAGCCACUUUCACUUAAGUUUUUUUUUCUAUUAUUUGCAUUCAAGAUACUCAUUACAUUACUUGGUAGAGAAAUAGAAUUUAAAAUUAACAAUAGUUUUGACUUAUUCGUGACAAGGCUGACCGACAAGAUAUCUCGCCACUUUGUUACGGCGGUCAUGUGACUUGGCCGCCGGACACAUAGUGCGGGAGAAAGACACUGCCUUUAUGAAAACGGUCUCAUUUUUGACAAGUGUCAUGAUCUUCCUUCCAUUUGACGUUCUGUCUUCAAACCUUACUAUUUUGAUUACUGUUUUUGGCACCGUUGUCUUAAUUUACUACAUACUUCAUACACAUGGGUGCCAUGCUUGGUUCGUACAUAAGACAAUAAUCAAUGUUCAAUUGAAGUAAUGGCAGUCCUUUAUUCUUUACAAUAAUAGGCAGUUUCCAAAAUUUUCUUCAUUACCAUUUGCUCACAACACUACCUCCUGUUCUCAGACUAAUUUCAUCUCCACUGUUUAAGUACCUCAAAUCUCUCUUGACAAUGAUCACUCAGCAUACUGAACAUCAAAAAUUAACCCCACAAUCUAAUCCCAUGAUCUGACCUUGCAUAACCCCUCCCGACCAAUGACAUCUCGCCCUGACAAGAACCUCUCACAAUCAACAACUUUUCAUAACAAACAUUCAUGCUCCUAAAUCUAGUUCAUAAUAACAAGUAAUAAUUAUAGCACUAGUGUUCACUCACUUUUUUAUCCUUUCUUGACAGUUGCUAGCAAGACUAAGUACGAGGGUUGAUUUGUCAGGCCUUGACCCACUUGUCUUUGGGAGCUCUCCAAACUCUCCCCAAUCACUGGAUUGCAAAUUAAUUGAAAUCUCCGGCCUUGAAGGUAUAGGGAAAACAGAACUUGCCCUUCAUUAUAUUGCACGCACUUGCUUGCCGUGUCAAUGGAAGGGCUUGGCCCUUGGGGGGCUUGGAGCUAAAGUUACAGUCAUCGACACAGAAUUCAAAUUUUCUGUGUUGCGUUUAGCAAUAGUUAUUGAAUGUCUUGUACUACGAUACGUAAGUGAAAAUAAAUUAGACUCUACUAAACCUCAAGAAAUUAAAAAAACUUCGGAAGAUAUUUCAUUGACUAAUGGUCUAGACCGUGAUUCUGGCGAGUCAGAUGGAAAGCUGAGCAAAGUUACGAAUAUUUCAAAAAAUGAACUGGAAAUUCCAGAUUUUGAUAUAAAAAAUAAUGGAAGCAAAUCUGUCAUCACUCCUCAUGAUAUGGAAAACAUUGUUCAUGAUGCUCUGGGUAAGAUUUUGGAAAAACUUGUGAAUGUGUUUGCAUGAGUGUGAAUGGUUGUUGUGGAUGCCUUUGUGUGUGCUUGCACAUAAUGAGCUGUGCUGUUUGUGCUUAUGUGUGCAUUAGUAGGGGUGCUUGCACAUAAUGAUAUGUGCUGUUUGUGCUUAUGUAUGCAUUAGUAAUUAGUAGGGGUGCUUGCACAUAAUGAGAUGUGCUGUUUGUGCUUAUGUAUGCAUUAGUAGGGGUGCUUGCACAUAAUGAGAUGUACUGUUUGUGCUUAUGUGUGCAUUAGUAGGGGUGCUUGCACAUAAUGAGAUGUACUGUUUGUGCUUAUGUAUGCAUUAGUAGGGGUGCUUGCACAUAAUGAGAUGUGCUGUUUGUGCUUAUGUAUGCAUUAGUAGGGGUGCUUGCACAUAAUGAGAUGUGCUGUUUGUGCUUAUGUAUGCAUUAGUAGGGGUGCUUGCACAUAAUGAGAUGUGCUGUUUGUGCUUAUGUAUGCAUUAGUAGGGGUGCUUGCACAUAAUGAGAUGUGCUGUUUGUGCUUAUGUAUGCAUUAGUAGGGGUGCUUGCACAUAAUGAGAUGUGCUGUUUGUGCUUAUGUAUGCAUUAGUAGGGGUGCUUGCACAUAAUGAGAUGUGCUGUUUGUGCUUAUGUAUGCAUUAGUAGGGGUGCUUGCACAUAAUGAGAUGUGCUGUUUGUGCUUAUGUAUGCAUUAGUAGGGGUGCUUGCACAUAAUGAGAUGUGCUGUUUGUGCUUAUGUAUGCAUUAGUAGGGGUGCUUGCACAUAAUGAGAUGUGCUGUUUGUGCUUAUGUAUGCAUUAGUAGGGGUGCUUGCACAUAAUGAGAUGUGCUGUUUGUGCUUAUGUAUGCAUUAGUAGGGGUGCUUGCACAUAAUGAGAUGUGCUGUUUGUGCUUAUGUAUGCAUUAGUAGGGGUGCUUGCACAUAAUGAGAUGUGCUGUUUGUGCUUAUGUAUGCAUUAGUAGGGGUGCUUGCACAUAAUGAGAUGUGCUGUUUGUGCUUAUGUAUGCAUUAGUAGGGGUGCUUGCACAUAAUGAGAUGUGCUGUUUGUGCUUAUGUUUGCAUUAGUAGGGGUGCUUGCACAUAAUGAGAUGUACUGUUUGUGCUUCUGUGUGCAUUAGUAGGGGUGCUUGCACAUAAUGAGAUGUGCUGUUUGUGCUUAUGUUUGCAUUAGUAGGGGUGCUUGCACAUAAUGAGAUGUACUGUUUGUGCUUCUGUAUGCAUUAGUAGGGGUGCUUGCACAUAAUGAGAUGUACUGUUUGUGCUUCUGUAUGCAUUAGUAGGGGUGCUUGCACAUAAUGAGAUGUGCUGUUUGUGCUUAUGUUUGCAUUAGUAGGGGUGCUUGCACAUAAUGAGAUGUACUGUUUGUGCUUAUGUUUGCAUUAGUAGGGGUGCUUGCACAUAAUGAGAUGUACUGUUUGUGCUUCUGUAUGCAUUAGUAGGGGUGCUUGCACAUAAUGAGAUGUGCUGUUUGUGCUUAUGUUUGCAUUAGUAGGGGUGCUUGCACAUAAUGAGAUGUGCUGUUUGUGCUUAUGUAUGCAUUAGUAGGGGUGCUUGCACAUAAUGAGAUGUGCUGUUUGUGCUUAUGUAUGCAUUAGUAGGGGUUCUUGAGUUUGGUUUUUGAUGUUCACAACCACACACACACACACACACACACACACACACACACACACACACACAAACGCAGAUUGAGAGAUGUGGAUGUUAGUAGAUAAUAAAGAAUUUAAUUUUAUUUUCUUGCAUUAGUCACUUAGGGUCCAGUAUAGAAAAUGUGAAGGUGAGAUUUAGCUGUGCACUUCUGUCAUGAACCAGAUUGUCAUGUUCAUCUACUAAGUUAUAGGAAACUGAAUCUAUUUUUGUCACUGUUUGUUGACACAGAGAGAGUAGAUGUCAUGAAGGUUACCAGCAGCCAGCAACUGGUAGUCUCCCUUCUGUCACUGGAGCAAAGACUGUCAUGUGACCCCCAGGUGGCACUGAUAGUCAUCGACAGCAUAUCAGCCUUCUACUGGAUGGACCAAGCAUUCGAGUCCAGCAUGGCCGCCAUUGUUCAGACCAUUCUCAGGUGCAGGAGUGAAUUUGGCGUCAGUUUCCUGUUGAUAAAAUCACUUCUUAUCAAUCCCAAGAAGCGGAAGUGGGAGAUGGAAGGCGGUGACUGUAGUGAAAGCUCAAGGUCGGACAGUGUGGAAUUUCUAGGUCGCCACUGGGCCAGCUUGAGCAUGAGGAAAAUUAUCUUGUCAGAGUCGACCAGCUCCCCGGGCAGGAGGCAGUUUUUGGCAAGGUGUCCGGAGUGGUCAGCUGGGAGACAUUUGUCAUUUGUUGAAGACUGCUUGUGCUUUGAACGGUAGCUGGUCAGCUGGGAGACUUUUGUCAUUUGUUGAAGACUGCUUGUACUUUGAACGGUAGCUGGUCAGCUGGGAGACUUUUGUCAUUUGUUGAAGACUGCUUGUACUUUGAACAGUAACUGGUCAGCUGAGAGAAAUUUGUCAUUUGUUGAAGACUGCCUGUAUUUUGAACGGUAACUGGUCAGCUGGUAGACUUUUGUCAUUUGUUGAAGACUGCCUGUAUUUUGAACGGUAACUGGUCAGCUGGUAGACUCUUGUCAUUUGUUGAAGACUGCCUGUACAUUGAACGGUAGCUGGUCAGCUGGGAGACUUGUGUCAUUUGUUGAAGACUGCCUCUACUUUGAACAGUAACUGGUCAGCUGGGAGACUUGAAUCAUUUGUUGAAGACUGCCUGUACUUUGAACAGUAACUUCCCAUCAUUCUUAACAGUUUUAAUUAAUGUAAAAUAAAAUACUCAUUA